AUAAUACUUCCCUUCACGACAAGACUAACUAAUAUGCGACGAAUCUUCUGCACUUUGUGGUAUCGUAUAUAAAUACUUGGUCGAAUGGAGAAAGAAAAUAAGAGAGAAAAAAAAGUACUACUUCAAUAAAGAGAAAUUAAAAGAAGCUGAAAAAUGGCAAUCAGUGGUAGAUUGUUACGUACCUCUAAACAAUUGGGGUUAGGUGACGAUGGUCCGAAGCAGCAACCAUGUUAUUCUUUCAGAAAUAAUUAUUCGUUAAGGUUUAAAUGUGUAAACAAAGGUGGUCUUGUUGGUGGAGGAGAUGUGCAAAAGAAACCAGGGGCAGCCAAGGCUGUUGGUACUGCGACAGGCAUGCUUGUGUCUGAACCAAUGACACAAAAUUGGAAUAUUUCAGAUGUAAGUUUAGUGGCAGAUAAUGUAUCAGAUCUGGUACUUCAUAACUUGAAAAAGUUCCUCAAACGAAUGCCUCAGAAGUUGCAUCACUUACAGUUAUUCAUCGAGAAGGGUAUUUUGGAUUGCAGGUUCUUCACUCUCUUUGCAGUCGCAGGGACAUUGAUUGGUUCAUUGUUAUGCUUUGUCGAGGGAUGUUACUUAAUCGUAGAGUCAUACGUCCACUAUUUUAUCGCACUCUCACAUAAAUCAGACCUUGGACAUGUCGUGCAGCUAUUGAUCGAAGCUCUUGAUAUGUUUCUUUUGGGGACUGCUAUGCUUACUUUUGGAAUGGGUUUGUAUGUCAUGUUCGUGGGAUCAAGAAAUAAAGGGCCAGGCCAAAACAUGUUUAAUUUUCAGACACUUCCAUCAUUGAUGGGAAUGAAGUCAGUGAUGCAAGCAAAAUCAAGAAUAGGACAUGCACUCAUAAUGCUACUUCAAGUGGGAGUAUUAGAGAAGUUCAAGAAUAUACCUGUGGUUAAUGGAUUGGAUCUUGCUUGUUUUGCUGGUGCUGUGUUUGUUUCCUCCAUUUGUGUGUUCAUUCUUUCGAGGCUUGCUGUCACUACCACAAAGGCUGGCAACUAAGUAAAUGGACUUUUAGACACUUUUUGAUGACGUAUAUGUAUAGAACAGGAAAAUUGGUAAGCAAAAAUAGGACUGUAUACUAGUAAACAAUUAGGCCUUCUCAUAGUUGACCUUUUUGUAAUUUAUUCUUUCAAUUUGUAACAAAUAAAUAAAACUGUCCAUUUAUUUUUGUAUUUUUCCGAAAGUU